UGCCAUUGUAAACAGACAAAACAUACACGGAUACAAAGAGAGAAAAACACAACAAAUACGAGAGAUAAACGCGCUCCGAUUAUGGACACUGAUCAAUGUCAGACGGUGCUUGUGCAUUUGCCCAAUCAAAGUGUUGUUUAUGACUUCUUUCGGGAAGUCCACUUGUUCUACAAACCUAUCCAUACUUAUUUAUCUAUUAUUAUGUGCAUAUUCGGAACUGUUGCCAACUUCUGCAAUAUUGUGGUGCUAACGAGGCGUCAAAUGCGGACACCCGUGAAUAUGAUUUUGACAGCGAUGGCAUGCUGUGAUACGGUGGUUUUGUUCUCAAACCUCAUCUACACCACACAUUACUCGUUCGUCGCCUUUAAACAUUGUCAUCCACGACAUUGGAGCUACGGCUGGGCGCUUUUUCUUAUCGCUCAUGCUCAUCUUUCACUCGUGGGGCAUAGUUCCUCAGUGUGGUUAUCAGUGAUGCUCGCCUUGAUUCGCUACAUGACGUUAAGAGGACGAGGCAAAUCGGGCGUGAUGCAGAUUCAUCUCAAGCACUCCUAUAUGGCCAUAGGAGCAACGAUCUGUUUCGUUGCCCUUGUGAAUGCACCGAAUUUCCUUACCUAUAAAAUACUCGAGAUCAGGCUGAAUGAUACAUGUGUCGUUCGUGAUCCAGCUCUGCUCGAUGCAGCUGCAUACCUCCCUGGAAUUGCUGAAAUUGCUUUAGCAAAGCACUGCUUGGUCUUUCGAUUAGUCUUUUGGAUCUCGGGUCUGGUAUUCAAAGUGAUACCGUGUUGUCUUCUGUCAUUAUUCGUAUGGCUACUUCUCGGCAUUUUGAAGGAGGUGAAGGAAAAUCGGCAACGACUGUUGAAAAACUCUCGCCAACCAUCAACAGUAAAUGCUUCUGCACGGAAUGGUAAGGUGACAUUGGUAGCUGACAAUCACCACAAGCGAACAUCCAGCUUGCGCGUGCAAGGUCGUGGUGAACGUACUGAUCGUACGACAAAUAUGCUACUUGCAAUAGUGUUCGUCAUGUUAUUCACAGAAAUGCCGCAGGGUAUCAUGGCGCUUUUAUCAGGUAUGGUCUCACAAGAGUUCCGUCGCCAUAUUUACAACAACCUUGGAGAUUUGCUUGAUCUAUUCUCACUAUGCGAAGCAUGCAUGUCUUUCAUCAUCUAUUGCUCAAUGAGCGGUCAAUUCAGAAAUGAGUUCCGUCGCGUUUUUGUUCCGAAAUCGGUGCAUUGCACAGAACGACCGGUCUCAAUUCGACGUCCAUCCGACACCUACACCAAGAUGUCAUAUCUGAAACCAAAUGAACUACUGUAUGAGAAUGGCUCAUCUUAUUCAGAUAUUGAUAGAGCUUCACACGCCAAGGUCGGUGAGCAAUUUUUCAUUAACCUAACAAUUUGCGCGAAUUAG